AGAGAUGAGCAAAGUGUGGAGUUCCUGGACAAUGAAGACACUCUUAACAGGAAUAUCCGGGCCAAACGUGAAACUCAUCCUGUGCAUAACCGAGGGGAAUAUUCUGUGUGUGACAGUAUCAGUGUCUGGGUUGCCAACAAAACCAAAGCAAUGGACAUCAAAGGCAAACCGGUGACUGUGAUGGUGGAUGUAAAUCUUAAUAACCAUGUCUACAAGCAGUACUUUUUUGAAACCAAGUGCAGAAAUCCAAAUCCAGUACCAAGUGGGUGCAGGGGCAUUGAUUCCGGGCAUUGGAAUUCUUAUUGCACCACAACACAGACAUAUGUCAGGGCAUUAACCAUGGAAGGCAAUCAGGCAUCCUGGCGCUUCAUUCGGAUUGACGCUGCCUGUGUGUGCGUAAUCAGUAGAAAAACUGAAAACUUCUGAUGGGCCAUUGAUUGCUCCAAUACUCACUUUCUCCCCACCCCCCACCUUAGCCUGUAAAUUAUUUUAAAUUAUGAGGGCUCUAUUAUAUAUUUAUAGUUUAUACAAUGAAAUAACUGAAUCAUCAUAAUUUAUUAAAUCCUUUUGAAAGCUGAA